AUGGCAGACACGCAGGACGCGAAGCCGUCCAAGAGCUCCUUCUUGAAGAAGAGCAAGUGGGGCAAGAUCUUCAAGGAGCAGGACACCAACAACAAUGACAAUGGCAAUGGCAAUGGCAAUGGGAAUGCGGCGUAUAAGCUGGACGACGAUGUGGCGGACUUCCUUAAGCCGAGCACGGAGAAGAAUGUCCCCAAGAUCGAUAUCGCGAUCGCGAAACGCUGGCCGGAUGCGCACGAGGUACAAAAAGCAGUGGGAGGCAGUACCCCUUCACCGAGAGGAGGGAGGUUCGUUACAAAGCGAGUGAGAAGGCCCGGCUUGACAGUGGGCUUCGUGAAGACAGUACCAGAGAUCAUUGGUGAAGGAGGCGAUGAGGCACCCGAUCCACCUAGGGAGAUCUCAAGGACGAAGGCGGCGGUGGCACGAUCGACCUCAGAGAGGAAACCCACCGAAGGGCAAUGGCCGCGGUCACCACCUCUCGUUGCUCCUGCACGAGGACUGCCUCCACAGGUCCAGGUGAAGCAGCCAGACGAAGACGACAUCGUGCCACCACCCAUGCGGCGAGUCAAUACGUCACACAAUGAGUUCUCGCCUGCUAUGCAAAGGAAGUACGCCCCGACAUCGCAAGAGACAGACCCUCAUAGGCCUAGUAUUGGACGAACGCCGACCGGACUCGAAAACCACGAUCCAAGCCUUGAACACACCACUCCUCUAGAUACACCCAUAGACACGACUAGACUCGAUCCAUUCCAAGGUAACUCGGCGACGGGCGGUCAGGAAAGGCCAAGCACAAGAGAUAGACCGACGAUUGACACACAUGUGGCACAAAGACAAGCUGAGCCACGAGCACUAGGCGAAGCGCUAAGUGCGAGGAAGAACUAUGGUGGACUGUCACCAGCCGACGCUGCGUCCCCAGUCGCACAGAAGCGCAGAGAACAAAGCGUAAGCGAGGGGAUGGCGUUCAGGCGUGCGAGCAUGCUGAUCCAACGCGACGAGGAGGACGACGACUCUCCACCACGAAGCUCGCAUGCACAGCCAGAUUUUGUAGGACGUCAGGAACCGACAAGCAGCUCACAGUGGCCACUUCCGCAUCCCCAGACAGCACCGGCGUCAGAGUAUGAGACUUUAUUCUCGCCUGCGGGGCAUCAUCCUCAUUCAGCACUUCCACAGCAGCAAUCUGCUUCCUCGGUUGACACACCGCAGCCGGUCAUCCUCUCGCCGCAGAGUGGUGACGACACGCCAGGGACUGCGCCUGAAGCACCGGAUCCAUUCGAUGAUCCAAAGUACAUCAAGCGGCACUCGCGGGACAUGGUGACAGAGGCUGCGCAGCAGUCGGAGCCUGUAUCCUCGAGACAGACAAGGACGACAGGAUUCAGAAGGUCGCAGCAGUCUUCUCCUGCUUAUCAGUCAUAUCAGAGUGAAGACUCGGGCUCGCGAGAUCGAUCACACACCUCUGGAAGGACCACUGGUCUACGACAAGCACCCAGUGAGCAACGCGUGCCACAGAUCUCGCAGCCGGACCUAGCGAUGCACCAACGAUUACCACCGCGUGAUGGUCUAGGACAGUAUGCGCAUCAACAAAUGCCGUCGCGGGAAGACGACUUCACACGCAACAGGCAGGCACCAGAGAUCAGAACGAUACCUUUCCGAGCUGCUCCGCCGCCUUCCGCAUCUCAAAAUAUGAGUGUACCACAAGACUCGUCUCGGGAACGAUCAACAUCUCCCGGAGAUAUGCGCAAUCGCAUCUUCCAGUCUUCUGGGCCCACGCUCGACAAGCCACAGUUCUUCAAUACGCCAAAUGCUUCAUCUUCAAGCGUCAACCACUUUUCGCCGAGUGCGUCGCAUUCACGGACAGGUUCGCGUGAUGGUUCUCCUCUGCCGUUGAAGCCAGCUGCCUCUGCUUCUCCACAGCUCCCAUCUCCUCGAUGGUCCCAACAAUACUCGAAUGACCGAAGUCAAAGCCCGCAGAAUAACAGCCCUCGGACGUCUGUACUGGGUCCAAGCAGAAGCGGGCUCUCUCCGCAACCGCCUCCUCACGCACCGCCACUGAGUUCGAGAGCGAGUCCGGAAGACUACCUCGCAGCAGGAGCACAUCCGACCAAGUCUCAUGCUGCCAAUCUGCGGCAAGAAGAUGCAGCCCGUCCCAGGCCCAACUCUGCUGGCUCAUAUCAUUCGGUCACCCGCUCUUCAGUCUCGCCGCAGCCACCUGAACAUGGUAACCCAGCUGCAGAUGCUGCGUUCGCCGACUUCGCCGGACGAGUAGCGCACAUGAAGGGUGUGUUCAGUCUCACAGCGGAGAAGGAGAUUCCUCGAGAUCGAUGUACGCCGAACAUGUGGCUACGAGCAGGGCUUUGGUGGUAUCUGAAGGGAAAGGCAGGUCUGGAAGCACUGCUGCAACAACGGCGUUCAGAUGAAAGGCGCGAGUACCUCACUCAGGCACACGUCGAUCUUGCGAAAGCCUGGUGGAUACUGGCCGAUCCUCUGGAGCCGUAUGAUACCCACGGCGAGCCUAGCCAGCAGAAUGCAGGACCUGAGUCUGCUGAAGCCGCUCUACAACGUGGCGUUGCACACCUGCGUCAACACAUCAAGGCACUUUCGUUGUCGACGAGCAAAGCACAUCUGCUACCACCUACGCAAUCGCUGAUUCAGGGUCAAGACACACGCAUCUGGUUGGAGUACCCUCGCUUCACAUCGGACGCCGCGGCAGUGCUGAGCGGUAAUGCUAGCAAUUCUGUGCUGGUAGAAGAGACCAAGCGCGUUCCUAAUGCCUACGACAUGCUUCCACUAAGCGACACAAAAGAUGCAUUCUGCUAUGGGCGCUUUCCGGUGGAAGUGUUUGUGAACACAGAAGAAGCAGAAACCGAUCGUGUCGUUCUGGAUUGCAUGAUGACAGUCCUACGUGGAAGAAGAGAUUAUCAGACAAGCAUCGCCAUUGCCAGCCAGAGCGAGCUGGUCAACAUCAAAGUGGCGCCUAGCAGGAACGAGAAGAGAGGCUUGACUUGGAGUGACGUUUCGUGGAAAGCAAGCUCGUGUGGUAUGCUGUUGAAUCUGCCACGCAACUUUGAUCUCAGCGUACGAAUGCAGGAGCGCGACUUUCGCGCCGUUUGGAACUUAUCGGAGUAUGCUCGCAAAGUGGAGAAAAGCUUGCGACCAGAACCGGACGAGAGGCUCAUACACGAAGCACGGCUCGCGGAGCUGCAGUAUGCAGAUUCGUCGAACUCGAGCGCCUUUCCGGCUGAUAAGGUCAAGGGAUGCGUCGCACUGGUCUUUGAGAGGACCGGAGAGCACCGCGAUGGAAGUGGCGUGCGUAAAGUGCACCGUGGCCAUCGCCUGCUACUGAUCACCAACCCUGGACACAAGACACUGAGUUCUGUCAGCCAUGAUAUCGGUCGGAGGUCUCCACUAUACUUUGAGUUCCUGACAGACUCUUCUGCGAACGGCACCACCGCGAUGGUCAUUCGUGUAAGGGAGGAUGAUCGGCAAUGCAGAGUGCUGCUUGUCUUCCAAGAUGACCGCAGCAGACAAGCACUUUACGAUGUUCUCAACGGCUUAACGGUCGGUCCUGAUGAGGUUAUCGUUUGCAAGGCACUUCUAACCAGUAUGAACAUUGAGCCAGCGUCUCAGUCUGAAGGCUACUCGCAGUCAGCUCACCCGGCUCUGGCAGGACUCCAGUGGCAGAAGCUGGGUGUUACCAACAACCACUCUGACGAUCCGAACACCAGAAUACCUGAGACAGUCGAGUCCGAGAAUCUGCGCAUAUUGGCAAGACAUGCUACUGGGUGUAUCACUGAUCGGUUGAACCUGGGUAAAGGCGAGAUGCUGCUUCGUCUGCCUAUCACUGAUGCGCCUGUUAUUCAAAUGCUGCGUGAGCCACAAGAAGACAUGACUAUGUCAAUCGAUACACGGCAGUCCAAUCAGCAAGUUGCUCAUGGCAUCGGACAGCUCUUACAAACCGUCCUCGAGCAGCAGACUAUCCGCACUUUCUCCUUCGCAAGCCAUCAAGACCUACACAUCUUCCAGACUGCCAUCACUGGCUGCACGGUUCGAUUCGAGGGACUCGCUGCAACAUUCGCCAUCGCGCGCCGACGGAUGGUCGUGCCUAUAUACAAGAAGUGGGAAGCCACCACUGUUCGCAUACAGAUGAUCAGCAAGGAAGGUGUGGUCAAGCUUGUCGCUUUCAUGGAUGACUUUAGCCAUGCAGAUUCUCUCUGCUUCCAGGUCAAGACUACCGACACUUUCGAGCUGAUCAAGGGCGACGACAAGAAGAAGAAAUGGGGCGUCAAGCUCGUCGACGCCAAGUUUUCCCUACCCAGCCAGGAGAAGGGCGAAGUCAGCGAGGGGGAUCGACUUCGAAGACGUUUCGUCAACCUCGAAGGGCUGGACUAUGCUGAAGAGCAUGAUGAUAUAACCAUCGGUUUCGAUACCGAGCAAGAUCGCGACAGGUUCGCACAAACCCUACCUGCUGCCACGAGCACUUCUCGUGGUAUCUCGCUGAAGCGACGCAUAUGA